UACUCUCCCCGCGCGCUCAUUCACUCUCUUUCUCUCCUGCUGAGUGGCUGCCUGGGCCGGGCUGCCCCAGAGGAGAACGGAGGGGAGCGGAAAAAACCCUGUGUUUCAAGGACCCGUCCGCGCAGAUGGUUACUGGAAACCUUCUUAAAAGCUUGGAUUCAGAGAUGCAUUAGCGUUUAGAGGCCUCCUUUUGACUUAAGGUAAGAUGGUCUUAAUCAAAUCAUCCUCUGGUCGUCUCGUUUUUUGUCUGAACUCCCCACCACCACCACCAGAAGGGACUGGAGAUGCUCUGAAAUCACAUAGGAUGCCCCCUCCUGCUGCUUGGCAUUUAAACAGUUAAUGUUCAUUCCAUGUUAAUAAAACUUUCCAGCUGCUCAGGUCAUGUGAGAAAGGAGCUUGUGGUGGAAGGAAGGGCAUGCUGAUGAUCCACAAGGAGUUAUAAUAAUGUGAUGAUACUUUUGAGUUGGGGGUCCGUUGUGCAUAUAAUUCGGAAUCGUCUUGUUUGCUCAGUAAGCAGAUUUGCAGCAGGGAGGGAGAGAAGCACGGUUUGCAACCCCCCCCCCUUUUUACAUCUGCUAACUGGUGAAACUGAGGGUCUAGGCAGGUAUGGUGUGAAUAUGCGCUGCUUGGCGACCCGGGUCAACUAUAAGACUUUGAUCGUCAUCUGCGUUCUGUUCACCCUGGUCACAGUCCUGCUGUGGAAUAGAUGCUCCAGCAACAGGGCAGCCCCACCCUUCCUGCGUAGCCCUAGCAGCGCCUUCCGAGCGGACGGACCGGAGAAGCGAGUGGCCGCUUCGGAGAGCAACAAGGAUGUGAACGGCCUGGCCAAGCAGCAGCAGCAGCAGAGCGAAGAGGCCUCCCCACAAGAGCAGCAGAAGGCACCCCCUGUGGUCGGGGGCUUCCAUGGGAACAAGGCACUGGGGCUGAAGUACGAGGAGAUCGACUGCCUGAUCAACGAUGAGCACACCAUCAAAGGCAGGAGGGAAGGGAAUGAGGUCUUCCUGCCCUUCUCCUGGGUGGAGAAGUACUUUGAGGUCUACGGGAAGGUUGCCCAGUACGAUGGGUACGACAGAUUUGAGUUCUCCCACAGCUACUCCAAAGUGUACGCGCAGAGGGCGCCUUACCACCCGGAUGGCGUCUUCAUGUCUUUCGAGGGCUACAAUGUGGAGGUCCGGGACAGAGUGAAGUGCAUCAGUGGCGUUGAAGGCGUGCCGCUCUCGACGCAGUGGGGGCCGCAGGGCUACUUCUACCCCAUCCAGAUUGCCCAAUAUGGGCUCAGCCAUUACAGCAAGAACCUGACGGAGAAGCCUCCUCACGUGGAGGUGUACGAGACGGGCGAGGAGAAGGACCAAAACAGCCACACUGCGGACUGGACGGUACCCAAAGGCAGCUCUGUCACGACGGUGCUGGACAAGUCCAGGUUCACAAACGUCAAGGAAUUUGUUGUCCCAGAAAACUCCGAGGGCGCCUCUCUGCAGCUGGGGGACACGAGGGACUUCAUUAUUUCCUUCGACCUCAAGUUCAUCACCAACGGAAGCAUCUCGGUGGUCCUGGAGACCACAGAGAAGAGCCAGCUGUUCCGCGUGCACUACAUCUCCAACACCCAGCUGAUAGCUUUCAAGGAUAGAGACAUUUACUAUGGCAUCGGGCCCAGGACUAGCUGGAGCACGGUCACCCGAGACCUUGUGACUGACCUGAGGAAGGGGGUCGGCCUCUCCAACACGAAGGCCGUCAAGCAGACUAAGAUCAUGCCCAAGAGGGUGGUCCGCUUGGUGGUGAAAGGGCACGGCUUCAUCGACAACGUCACCAUCUCUGCCACGGCCCACAUGGCGGCCUUUUUCGCCGCUAGCGACUGGCUGGUGAGGAACCAGGAUGAGAAGGGCGGUUGGCCGAUCAUGGUGACCCGGAAGCUGGGGGAAGGCUUCAAGUCCCUGGACCCCGGGUGGUACUCUGCCAUGGCGCAGGGCCAGGCCAUUUCCACCUUGGUUCGGGCCUACCUCUUGACGAAAGACCACACGUUCCUCAGUGCGGCUCUGCGGGCCACGGCGCCUUACAAGCUCUCCUCAGAGCAACGUGGCGUGAAGGCCGUCUUCAUGAACAAGCACGACUGGUACGAGGAGUACCCCACGUCGCCUAGCUCCUUCGUCCUGAACGGGUUCAUGUAUUCCCUCAUUGGGCUGUACGACUUGAAGGAGACGGCGGGAGAGAAGCUGGGGAAGGAGGCCAAGCUCCUGUACGAGCGGGGCAUGGAGUCCCUCAAGGCCAUGCUCCCUCUCUACGACACGGGCUCAGGAACCAUCUAUGACCUCCGCCACUUCAUGCUUGGGGCAGCCCCGAACUUGGCCCGGUGGGACUAUCACACCACCCACAUCAACCAGCUCCAGCUCCUCAGCACCAUCGACGAGACGCCCCUGUUCAAAGAUUUCGUCAAGAGGUGGAAGAGCUACCUGCGAGGAGGCAGGGCGAAGCACAAUUGAGCCCAGCUCACAACCAAAAUGGAGUUUCCCCCCGUCUGCGGUGCUUGGCAGCCGCCAUCUUUGAAGCAGAGCAAAGGUGGUGCCCAAACCCUCUGGGUGUGUGCGUGUGUGUGUGUGCGUACUUGUGUUUUGUUUUUUCGAACAGACUCUGUUUUCAAAGAAGUGAUCCUUAAAACUCAUCUUUUUUAAACAAUUGCAUUCCAGCGGAUGAAUCCUUUAUAGAGUGGGGAGGUAAAAUUACGAAGCAAGCAUCUGAUCAAAGGACAAAGUUUAGCAAACUUGUUUACUUUUCCACAGUGGUCCGUUAUGGUACUUGUGCAUAAUAUAAAAUGUUUUCUGGGGGGUGGCGGGAAAUCACGAAAGCUAUAAUGGUUUUCAUAGCCCAGUAUUGGUCAGAAAAAAGUAGAAUAUGGCCUCUCUCUCUCUCUUUUUUAAAUGGAUGGGUGCAGAAAUGGGAUUUUCACUUGGGGGUGGAGUGGAAAAUAGUGUGCCAUGCCAGAAAUCUCUCUUAACUCUUAUCCCAGAGAGUGGGUGACGUCUUUAUUUCAUUCUACAUACAUUUCCCUUUGGUGGGAAAUUUCAGAGCUGUUUGUGUUGAAAUUCUGUAUAUUGCGAAAUACUUCAAAUGUCCAGUUUCUUUGAAGGUGUACAAAUGGGAUUAAAAACAACAGCACCGCACUUAGUGGUGAGGAUUCACUGGGAAUUUCUGUGAAAACUCCGUGGCUACUCGGGAGAGCUGGUGCAGGGGAUGUCUAUGCCUCGGUGCCACCCCCAUUUCCUUGCACAGGGACCUCCCAGUGGGCAAGUUCAAAUGUGUGUUUUGCUAACUCUGUUCCGUAAGCAACCUACCAUUACAAGCAGGACCAGCUGUCAGCACAAAAACGUGGCCACCUUCUCUCAAACUGGUUCUACUGCCACCUUUUCGAGCUUGGCCAAUCCCUUUCCUUGCUUCCAGGUGAGCUGAGACCUCUUUUGGUGGGAGCAGGAGGGUCUUUCCCUCCUGAUCAUUUACAUCAGGUGCGGGGAUCCUUUGGCCCUCUGGGUGCUGCCAAACUACAACUCCCAUCAGCCACAGCAAGCAUGGCCAGCGGCUCAGGGACGACGGAAGCUGUCGUUCAGCAACAUCUGGAUGGCCGAAGGUUCCCCACAUCUGGUUUUUGCAGGGUUUCCUUUCCAUGUAAGCCAUUCUGUCCCUUGCGGAGGGGUUCAGGCCCUGCCCUUCUGGUGCUUGGGGUGCCACCCCCCCACCAUCCCCAAGCAUAGGUUGUGCUGGCUGGAGGUUUUACCCCAAAACAUUUGGAGGGCACCAAGCUGAAGAAAACUAGUCUAGGGUACUGUUGAAACCAGGUACAAUUCAUGUGGGUGAGGGGGGCCGGAAAUAGCCCUUUUUAAAUGGCAUUAUGUUUGAACACUCUGUAAGUUUUUCUGCAGCAACUUGCUUUUGAAACUGCUACUGGUGGUGGGAGGGGAGGGCUUGUUUUUUUAAGGUUUAUUUUGUUUUGAGGAAGUGAAAUGAGAAUGUAUUUAUAUUUGUCUGUCUAUAAGUCAUUCCACUUCUGCCGGCACCAUGGUCAACAGCACUUGUUUUGAAAAAGUCAUUUCCCCCCCCGUUGGGAUCACGGAUAUUUGUUUCGCAUUUUUUCACCAUUGUAACAGGCACAGUCUGCUGGGAAGCUGCACUUGAGAGAGAUGGGAAUAGAUGCCUUUUUCUCCAUGGACCAGCCCUCUCUUUCCAAUCCUACUGUAUCUUGCAGACUUGUUCAGUGGAGCUUCCAUUAAGGUGAGCUCUUGGAGGCUCAGGAAGAGCUCUAAUGAGGUGGUGGCUUGAUUCUGGCUUGGAAAUCCCCUUCCCAGGCUUAGAAACUACGUCUCUCGCAAAUGUCUUGUGCUGUGUGGUAGACCCUGCCUUUGGCAAACCACACUCCCGGUUUCCAAUUGCUGAGAAGUUGGUAGUUGGUAGAUAUCCAAGCAGGGGAACCUGCAGAUUAGGGAGGUCUAAAACAAUGGGAAGGGAUCCUUCCAAGGAUGGUCCAGACCAGAGGUAGCCACUAUUGGACUCCAGUUCCCAUCAGCCCCAGCCAGCAUGGCCCAAUGGCCAGUGAUGAUGGGAGUCAGAGUCCCAACAAUACUCAGAGGGCACCACGUUGGCUACCCUGGAUCCAGAGGGGCCAUGCCUUACCAACCCUGCUGUGGCUUUUCAUUUCAGUAGGCACAAUUGCCGCUGGUAGAUGCUUUGGCAGACUGCCUGAACUUGCCCAGAAUCCCAUGUCAUUGGCAGCUUGCCCCUCUGCUCCUAAUGCUGCCCUUGGAUAUUCAAAUCCCACACUUGUGCAUUUCAAGGAAACCAGGCAUUGUUUCAGCUUGGCCAUUUUUCUUUGCUCGCCUUGCAGUGUAUACAAAAGCACGGAAGCCUGCACUGUCACUUUACUGGGGAGAGAUGUGGGGCGUGGUGCUCUCAGAUGUUCUGGGCUGUAACUCUCCCCCCAAAAAACGUCUGCAUGGCACCAGGUUGGUGAAGCUUGCCCUGGGGCACGCUGGUCUAUUGGUACAUUAGAAGAACAUUUGAAUUCCUAGGUGCUGGCAACACAGUUUUAAGAGCGAGGGCUCCUACAUAUGUCCUGCUCCACUUCCACUGAUCUUGGUAAGAAGUGGUUCUAGAGGGGCCCCCGGGUUCUUACAGAGCAAAAGUUUGGGUACAGCAGUUGCCGACUGCAUGUGUUUCUGAAGUGGGGGCGGUCUGGAGCAUAUGCAAACUACCAAGAGAAAAAUAGGGGCAUCUGAGGAGUCAGGAGUUAAGUGGGGAGGGAGUAAAUUCAAGUCCCAGAAGAGAGAAGCCUUGGAAUUCCAGUUCUCUUUGAGAGCGUUGCUUUCUGUGCUGAUAGCCAGCAUAUUGAACUGCGCUCCCCAAACCAGUCUCCUCCAGAUGUUUUGGACUACAGACAGCCUCAGCAUCAUAUGACUGUGCUGGCUGGGGCUGAUGGGAGUUGUAGUCCCUAACCUCUGGAGAGCACCAAGUUGUGGAAGGGCUGGUCUGUGUUGCGAUGAUACCAAAGUGGUCGAUUCCAGGACCUUUUUCCUCUCUAGCAAUUGCUUCUGGAUGUGAGAGUGUGACUCAAACUGUGGCCAGCCAGAUUUGGAGCAGCCAGCGCAGACACCUUUGGGGUACUGUUUGGGUGGAGCGUUAGUGCCUUGACCAUGUGGCCAUAACUUCCUCUUGCAAUAGGUAAUGAGUAUACUUUGUGGCUGGUUGAUGGUUCUGUGCUUACGACUCACUGCGGCACUCCCAGGGCUUCCAGAUUUGUGUAGGCUUGUGUUCGUUGGCCUGAGAUCUGCAAGUGGAGCAAGCUGGUAUUUGGGAAACGAGUGCUGUUCUAGUCCGCACUCAAAUUGGCAACUGCCUGCUUUCCCCAUGACGGACCCCUUCACCAGCUGCUCACGGUGGGUGUGAUAGAGGUCGGUGAAGCAGAAUCACAGGUAGGCUGUGUUUAGUGGGAAUUGGCUCCUGAGAAAUAGGGAUCUUGAUUAUUUUAGUACAUUGUCUUUGGCCCAGUAUGGACAAAGCGGGUUGUAUCCAACUAUGUCAUACUCAAGAGUAGACCCUUUAAAAUCAAUGAACUUAAGUGAAUCAUGCCUGCUGCUUUCAGUGGGUCUCCUCUUGUCGCUCAGUUGGAUACAACCCAAUCCUCCUGAGCAUCUAAGCAUGGCCAGGUGUACCUCUCCCCAACCCCUCAAAAUGCAGAGUGGUCUUCAUUUCCUUUUUCAGAGCCAUGAGCAGCUCGGCUUCUGAACAUACAAAGAUUUAUUUCAAACCAGAGUUUGGAGCUGAUCAGCAAACUCAUUCAAGAUUAUGUGCUAGUUUUGGUGCCGAUCCAACAUACUGCACCAUGGUUAGCUCUCAAAAGGGAAAAGUGUUCACGCAUCAGGGUGGGAAGUUCGCAAGAGAGCAGGGAAGGGGAUUACAAGAGCCCCAUCAGCCUCCCAGUUUCCUUCCUUUGCAGGUGCCACAUCUGCAUUGGGCCCCCGGGCUAUUUCCUCCCCUCAUUUGUAUAGGGUGGUGGUGGAUGUCCAAGUUGCUGUGUCUGGAGGCCAACUGUGAGCGACGAGGGAAUUCCAAGGAGGCAAAACCGAAGUUUAGUAUUGCAAGUUCUCUAUUUUUUAAUUUUAAAAAGGUAGGGGACAAGAGAUGUCAUGAAUAUGGAGGCUAGUGUGUUGCAGUUCACAGAGCGAAGCCAAUGCCUUUUGUUCCCGAGUAGACACGACCCUUCCCCCCCCCCUUUGCAUUAUUGUGCGACACACAAGCACAACUGGUGUCAAUUUUUUCUUUCCAUCCUUUUGAGGCUUCCACUGAAAAUUGCUGCUUUUCGUCCACCUUGCAAUUGUAUUUCUGACCCCCCCUUUUCUUUUCCUUUUCCUUUUCUUCUCUUCCCUUCUUACAUGCGGGGUUUGAACCAUGGGUUUAAAUAUGCAAUAAAUUGUUUACAGGAUGCCCUUUGGAGGGCGACGAGUCCUUUGUAAAGCUGUACAGACUUUGUGGGUUAAGCACAAUGUGCACAGGUUAGUUUUAUAUGGGGCAAGACAUGAUUUUUUGCAGUGGGAAUGGUCCUAUUAUGUUUAUAUAUACAUAUACAUAUAUAUAUAUAUAUUAAAAAGUAAACCGAUCAACUUUGUGCUUCAUGUAAAGCUGCUUUAUAAAAUUGUAAAAUAAAGAGUUUUUAAUCUUAUGCUGUCA